AUGCCUCAUUCCGUGGAACGGCCCGCAUUCGCGCACCUGGCACUGCGACCGCCGACUAUUAUGCUAAGCUGCUGGCUGCAUCGUGCCGGCACUGCUCAUGGCACUGUCUGGACCACCUGGAACACCAGUUCAUCCGACCCAAUUUUUGUCAUUUCGUUUCGGCCGCAGCGUCAUACUCUGAUCGGCUUCCAAACCAGCCUCGACGUUACCCGUAACCCGGGGCUACGCGGUGCCCAAUCACAACAUCCCACUCUAGUCCCAGAGUGGUCAUGGAGACUGGGCUGCCACGAGUCGAAGGCUGGGCGACGCGGCCUCUUCCGCCUUUCACACCUUCCUCCCUUGACACAAAAAGAGAUUCCAGUUUUGUCUCUAGCCAGGGCAGACACGGGCACCUUUGGCCCGGGAAUUCUCGACUGUAUCAAUCCUUUCGCAGUACAGUCAUCUUUCUCUCAUGGCAAGCUUGAAAAAGCAUCUCAAUUCAAAAGCUUGCAAGGGUCCGUCUUGAGGGGUAGUGUCGGGAAUGCACGUUACUCACCGUCGACGGCGCGCCAGCCUAGGAACUCUCAUGCUCUGCUCAUCAUCGACAUCGUCUCCCGCUUGCCAUCCAACCGCGCCCGCCAACUGCCCGCCUACAGCGCUUACUUGGCCUUCCCGCACGACAAAGAGACGGCGCCUUCCUGCCACCUUCUCGGCCGUAUCCUUACCGAUCUAACCUGCUUAAACCCACAACGGGCCCUACUCAACGGCCUCUCGUCGCAAGGCUGUCUCCUAGUCCACAACAACUUCCCACCAUAA